AUGACAGGCAGUCAGAGUGCAACAGUGCUGGUCCUUUUGGGUUGCUGUGUAGCAAGUGUGAUCAUUUCAAGUGCUGAAGCAGCAACCAUGACAGGCAGUCAGAGUGCAACAGUGCUGGUCCUUUUGGGUUGCUGUGUAGCAAGUGUGAUCAUUUCAAGUGCUGAAGCAAUAAGAUGCGAGAAGGGCUGGACCAAUUUCCAAGACAGCUGUUACCUUCGAGUAAACACCAAAAUGACAUGGUCAGACGCACAGAAGACGUGUGAGAAGAAUGAUGCUAACCUUGUCACUGUGAACAGUGAAGAUGAAAUGACGUUUCUUGGAUGGCUAAUGAAAAGCAAAGGAGGUUGGAAUGGACUGCACCUGGACGAGGAUGGCAAAACCUUAGUUUGGAGCAGCGGAGAAAAUAGCGACUAUCAGAAUUGGGGAAAGAGGGGAUCCAAGAGGCAGUCGAAACUUCAGAACUGUGUUCACAUGUCAGAAAAAACGAAAGGCCUCAAGUGGACAAUGUCUAGGUGCUCUAUUGAAUACAAAUUUACUUGUGAAAAAGGUUUACUUAAAGAGCCGGAGGAGAAACCCACAGUGGCUGUCCAAUGCGACCACGGUUGGGUACAUUUUAGUAAGAGCUGCUAUCUUCGAGUAAAUACAAGAGUCACGUGGUUUCUUGCACAGAAGAUGUGCAAAGAAAACGAAGCUAACUUGGUUACUGUCAAUGAUGAAGAUGAAAUGAAUUUCCUUGGAUCGCUAAUGAAGGACAAGGGGAGCUGGAAUGGACUGCAUUUCAAGGCGAACAGCAAAGAUGGAGUUUGGAGUAGUGGGGAGAGAAGUGAUUAUCGAAACUGGGCCAAGACAGGGCCAAAGAGAAUUUCUAAGCUGCCACUCUGCGUUCAAAUGGCGGCAAAACUAAGAGGUCUUAAGUGGGGAAGGUUCAAAUGCUCAUUAAAAUACAGGUUCAUUUGUGAGAAAGAACCACAAGCGAUUACUGAGGCACCACAAGUACAUACUACCUCAGUACCAAAACCAACUACUAUAGCUUUAAAGAAAACUACAGUACCACCAAAAAAAACUUCAGUAAAACCAGAAGUAACUACGGCAGCACCAGAGGUAACCACCGCAGUACCAGAGGAAACCACUGCUAAAGGAAAAGAAACAACUCAAAUACCGAAGGUAACAACUGUAGCACCAGAAGAAACCACUGCAGUACCAGAGGUAACUACCGCUGCACCAGAAGACACCACUGCAGUACCAGAGGUAACUACCGCUGCACCAGAAGAAACCACUGCAGUACCAGAGGUAACCACCGCUGCACCAGACGAAACCACCGCAGUACCGGAGGUAACUACCGCUAAACCAGAAGAAACCACUGCAAUACCAGAGGUAACUACCGCCGCACCAGAAGAAACCACCGCUGUACCAGAGGUAACUACCACUGCACCAGAAGAAACCACUGCAGUACCAGAGGUAACCACCGCUGCACCAGAUAAAACCACCGCAGUACCGGAGGUAACUACCUCUGCACCAGAAAAAACCACUACAGUACCAGAGGUAACUACUGCUGCACCAGAAGAAACCACUACAUUAUCUGAGGUAACCACCACUGAACCAGAAGAAACCACUACCGUACCAGAGGUAACUACUGCUGCACCGGAAGAAACCAUUGCAGUACCAGAGGUAACUACUGCUACACAAGAAGAGACCACUGCAGUGCCGGAGCUAACUACCGCUGUACCAGAGGUACCUACUACUGCACCCGAAGAGACCACUGCAGUACCAGAGGUAACCACCGCUGCACCAGAAGAAACCACUACAGUACCAGAGGUAACUACCGCCGCACCAGACGAAACCACCGCAGUACCAGAGGUAACUACCGCUGUACCAAAAGAAACCACUACAAUACCAGAGGAAACUACCGCUGCACCAGAAAAAACCACUGCAGUACCAGAGGUAACUACCGCUGUGCCAGAAAAAACCCCUGCAGUACCAGAGCUAACUACCGCUGCACCAGAGGAAACUACUACAGUACCAGAGGUAACUACUGCUGCACCAGAAGAGACCACUACAGUACCACAGGUAACUACUGCUGCACCAGACGAAACCACUACAGUACCAAAGGUAACUACCGCCGCACCAGAAGAAACCACUGCAGUACCAGAGGUAACUACUGCUGCACCAAAGGAAACCACUGCAGUACCAGAGGUAACUACUGCUGCACCAGAAGAAACCACUACAGUACCAGAGGUAACCACCGCUGCACCAGGAGAAACCACUACAGUACCAGAGGUAACUACUGCUGCACCAGAAGAAACCACUGCAGUACCAGAGCUAACUACCGCUGCACCAGAAGAAACCACUACAGUAUCAGAGGUACAUACCGCUGCACCAGAAGAAACCACUGCAGUAUCAGAGGUAACUACUGCUGCGCCAGAAGAAACCACUACAGUACCAGAGGUAACUACUGCUGCACCAGAAGAAACCACUGCGGUACCAGAGGUAACUACUGCUGCACCAGAAGAAACCACUGCGGUACCAGAGGUAACUACCGCUGCACCAGAAGAAACCACUGCAGUACCAGAGGUAACUGCUGCUGCACCAGAAGAAACCACUACAGUACCAGAGGUAACUACUGCUGCACCAGAAGAAACCACUGCAGUACCAGAGGUAACCACUGCAGUUCCAGAGGAAACCACUGCUGCACCAGAAAAAACCACGGCAGUUCCAGAGGAAAGCACUGCCGCACCAGAAGAAACCACUGCAGUACCAGAGGAAACCACUGCUGCACCAGAAGAAACCACUUCAGUUCCAGAGGUAACCACUGCCGCACCAGAAGAAACCACUGCAGUUCCAGAGGAAAGCACUGCCGCACCAGAAGAAACCACUGCAGUUCCAGAGGAAAGCACUGCCGCACCAGAAGAAACCACCGCAGUUCCAAAAGAAACCACUGCUGCACCAGAAGAAACCACUUCAGUUCUUGAGGAAACCACUUCUGCACCAGAAGAAACCACUGCAGUUCCGGGUGGAACCACUGCUGCACCAGAAAAAACCACUGCGAUACCACAGGAAACCACUGCAAUUCCGGAAGAAACCACUGCAGUUCCAGAGGAAAUCACUUCUGCACCAGAAGAAACCACCGCAGUACCCGAAGUAACCACUACAGUUCCAGAUCUGAUUAGUAUUGUUCCAGAAGAAUCAACUGCAGUACCAAAGGAAACUACCGCAGUUCCAGGGGAAACCACUGCAGUACCAGAGGAAACUACUGCAGUUCAGGAAGAAACCACUGCAGCACCAGAGGAAACUACUCCAGUUCCAGAGAAAACCACUGCAGUACCAGAGGAAACUACUGCAGUUCAGGAAGAAACCACUGCAGUUUCAGUGGAAACCACUGCAGUUCCAGAGGAAACCACUGCCGCACCAGAAGAAGCCACUGUAGUACCAGAGGGAACCACAGCAGUUCCAGAGAAAACCACUGUAGUACCAGAGGAAACCACUGCAGGUUUAGAGGUAACCACUGCAAUACCAAAGGUAACCACUGCACUUCCAGAGGAAACUACUGCUGCACCAGAAGAAACCACUGUAGAACCAGAGGUAACCACUGCAGCUCCAGAGAUAACUACUACUGCUCCAGAGGAAACCACUGCAGUACUUGAGGAAACUACUGCUUCACCAGAAACAACCACUGCGACACCAGAGGAAACCACUGCAGUUCCAAAGGAAACUACUGCUGCAUUAGAAGAAACCACUGUGGUUCCAGAGGAAACCACUACAGUUCCCGAGGAAACUACUGCAGUUCCAAAGGAAACUACUGCUGUACCAGAAGAAACCACUGUGGUUCCAGAGGAAACCACUACAGUUCCCGAGGAACCUACUGCAGUUCCAGAGGAACUUACGGGUGCACCAGAAGAAACCACUGCAGUACCAGAGGUAACCACUGCAGUUCCAGAGGAAACUACUGUUGUACCAGAGGAAACUACUACAGUUCCAGAGGUAACCACUGCAAUACCAAAGGUAUCCAGUGCACUUCCAGAGGAAACAACUGCUGCACCAGAAGAAACCACUGUAGUACCGGAGGUAACCACUGCAGUACCGGAGGUAACCACUGCAGUUCCAGAAAUAACCAGUACUGCACCAGAAGAAACCACUACAGUAACUGAGGAAACCACUGUAGUUCCAGAAAUAACCGCUUCAGGUCCAGAGGAAACCACUGCAGUUCUAAAGGAAUCCACUGCAGUUUCAGAGGAAACUACUGCUACAUCAGAAGCAACCACUGCAGCACCACAGGAAACCACUGCAGUUCCACAGGAAACCACAGCACCUGAAUUUUCUACGGCUUCAGCUGCAGAAUUAACUACUAAACCUGGUAUGUGUGAUAAAUUAAGUGUGAGGGAAAGGAAGCCCGAACCUCGAGAUUAUUUAGACAACUUGUUGAUUACGAGGGACAAGGAACCCAAAUUUCAGGAGACGACUUUAGACGACCUCUUGAUAGCAGAACUUGACAAACCCGCAUCAGACCAGAUUGAUGAUCUCGAUGACUACUUGAGCACAAGAGAAAACAAGCCCCUAAAAGGGACGCUAAUUUUAAGAAUGCUAAUUUUGAGACGNGCACCAGAAGAAACCACUGCAGUUCCAGAGGAAACCACUGCUGCACCAGAAGAAACCACUUCAGUUCCAGAGGUAACCACUGCCGCACCAGAAGAAACCACUGCAGUUCCAGAGGAAAGCACUGCCGCACCAGAAGAAACCACUGCAGUUCCAGAGGAAAGCACUGCCGCACCAGAAGAAACCACCGCAGUUCCAAAAGAAACCACUGCUGCACCAGAAGAAACCACUUCAGUUCUUGAGGAAACCACUUCUGCACCAGAAGAAACCACUGCAGUUCCGGGUGGAACCACUGCUGCACCAGAAAAAACCACUGCGAUACCACAGGAAACCACUGCAAUUCCGGAAGAAACCACUGCAGUUCCAGAGGAAAUCACUUCUGCACCAGAAGAAACCACCGCAGUACCCGAAGUAACCACUACAGUUCCAGAUCUGAUUAGUAUUGUUCCAGAAGAAUCAACUGCAGUACCAAAGGAAACUACCGCAGUUCCAGGGGAAACCACUGCAGUACCAGAGGAAACUACUGCAGUUCAGGAAGAAACCACUGCAGCACCAGAGGAAACUACUCCAGUUCCAGAGAAAACCACUGCAGUACCAGAGGAAACUACUGCAGUUCAGGAAGAAACCACUGCAGUUUCAGUGGAAACCACUGCAGUUCCAGAGGAAACCACUGCCGCACCAGAAGAAGCCACUGUAGUACCAGAGGGAACCACAGCAGUUCCAGAGAAAACCACUGUAGUACCAGAGGAAACCACUGCAGGUUUAGAGGUGACCACUGCAAUACCAAAGGUAACCACUGCACUUCCAGAGGAAACUACUGCUGCACCAGAAGAAACCACUGUAGAACCAGAGGUAACCACUGCAGCUCCAGAGAUAACUACUACUGCUCCAGAGGAAACCACUGCAGUACUUGAGGAAACUACUGCUUCACCAGAAACAACCACUGCGACACCAGAGGAAACCACUGCAGUUCCAAAGGAAACUACUGCUGCAUUAGAAGAAACCACUGUGGUUCCAGAGGAAACCACUACAGUUCCCGAGGAAACUACUGCAGUUCCAAAGGAAACUACUGCUGUACCAGAAGAAACCACUGUGGUUCCAGAGGAAACCACUACAGUUCCCGAGGAACCUACUGCAGUUCCAGAGGAACUUACGGGUGCACCAGAAGAAACCACUGCAGUACCAGAGGUAACCACUGCAGUUCCAGAGGAAACUACUGUUGUACCAGAGGAAACUACUACAGUUCCAGAGGUAACCACUGCAAUACCAAAGGUAUCCAGUGCACUUCCAGAGGAAACAACUGCUGCACCAGAAGAAACCACUGUAGUACCGGAGGUAACCACUGCAGUACCGGAGGUAACCACUGCAGUUCCAGAAAUAACCAGUACUGCACCAGAAGAAACCACUACAGUAACUGAGGAAACCACUGUAGUUCCAGAAAUAACCGCUUCAGGUCCAGAGGAAACCACUGCAGUUCUAAAGGAAUCCACUGCAGUUUCAGAGGAAACUACUGCUACAUCAGAAGCAACCACUGCAGCACCACAGGAAACCACUGCAGUUCCACAGGAAACCACAGCACCUGAAUUUUCUACGGCUUCAGCUGCAGAAUUAACUACUAAACCUGGUAUGUGUGGCACAGUUUGUUUAUGAAUAAUGAUAUAAAUAUAUAUAGGACCAGGAGCCAAUGAGGCUGCUGAUAGGACUACAUGUGUGUGGUAAUGAAUAUGGCGUAGAUCAAACAUUCUGUAUCGUGUGCUUGCGUACCAUGUACGAAGCUUAAUGCGCAUUUGAAGUACAAUUUGAAUUUAAUGGAGUCGGGCACGCAGCUUAUUAAAAAUGUGACCCACUAUACAACUCUGGUUCUUACGUCGAUUUAUUCGUGUACUGAAUCAAGUGCUAACUAAUCUAAUAUAAUAAUUUCUCAGGGUUUUUGCUUCUUUUGUUUUGAUUGUUUUUUUGUGUUAUUUGCACUCGGCUACAAUCGUGUUCCCAGGUAUCUGGGUAAAUGGUAAAGAAUCGGGCGACCUAUUGCACCGGGAUUGAGUUAUCCGAUCACUCUUCAGUCGCAAUUUGUGUGAUACGUCUGAUUCUAUCAAAAAUUUGCUAAAGCUGCGCUCAACUCUGUAACUGUUUAGAAUGUUGGUGUGCUCUUAACUGUACGAUUGCAGGGUUUUAAAAUCUUACUAUUUAUUUUUUUCAUCUUUUG